GCUGCUAAGAUCCCUUUGAGCAGUGAGCUGGGCAUCGAAGAGUUCCACUUCAACGAUUUCUCAUUGGACAACGACGCCAUGAUCACUGCCUCCCUCCGGAUGUUUCUGGAACUCGGAGCCGUCCAGAAGUUUAAGAUUGACUACGACGAAGAACUGACACGGUGGCAUACCAUGAACUGGAGGCAUGCCUUCAACGUGUGCCAGUGCAUGUUCCUCAUGAUCACAACGGCUGGUUUCCAGGAUGUUCUGUCGGAUGCAGAGACCCUGGCGUUGAUGGUGGGUUGUCUCUGCCAUGACUUAGACCACCGUGGCACCAACAACGCCUUCCAGGCCAAGACUGGCUCUGCUCUGGCCCUGCUCUACGGGACAUCAGCUACUCUGGAGCACCAUCACUUCAACCAUGCAGUCAUGAUCCUACAGAGUGAGGGUCAUAAUAUCUUUGCCAACCUGUGUUCCAAAGAGUACAGUAGUAUGAUAAGCUACCGAAACAGGCCAUCCUCUUUGCUUCAUUCUUUGACUCUGUCUGUAAUCCUAAACAGGAGGAGGAGCCAGUUCUUUGACCGUGUUCUCUCUGGAGAGUUCAGCUGGACAGACGAGGCUCACAGAGAACUUCUCAGGUCUAUGCUAAUGACAGCAUGUGACUUGGGUGCAGUGACCCGCCCCUGGGAGAUCUCCAAACAGGUUGCGGAGUUGGUGACCAGUGAGUUUUUCGAGCAAGGUGACAGGGAGAGGUCAGAGCUCAAGUUAACUCCAGCGGCCAUCUUUGACCGUAAUCGUAAAGAGAGCUGCCCGCCCUGCAGUGAGUGGAUAGAUGGGAUCUGGCCCCUCUACCAGGCUCUGAUGAAGCUUAAUGUGAAGCUGAAGCCUAUGGUUGAUGGGAUAGCAGCCAACCGCAUGAAGUGGAAGGAGCUGGGCUCAUCCUAUCAGCAGCACACACACAGAACUGCAGAGACCAAUCAAGUCCUGGCUCUAA